GUAGAAUAUACGUCAGUCUUUCAGCGUAGAUUCGUUGAGCACUGUUGGCGCUGCGUGCCUCAUAGUGCGUAGCUCCAGCAAAAGUUGCGAGAAGGGGGAAUGUCGGCUUGUGAAUGAUCGGUUUUUGAGGCGGCAGGGAGCGUCAACGUUAUGGCUCAGCAAAAGAAUCUGGAAGGAUAUGUUGGCUUUGCAAGCCUCCCCAACCAAGUGUACAGGAAGUCUGUCAAGAGGGGCUUUGAGUUCACUCUGAUGGUCGUUGGUGAGUCAGGGUUGGGCAAAUCCACGUUGAUCAACUCUCUGUUCCUAACAGACCUGUAUUCAGCAGAGUAUCCUGGACCGUCACAUCGAAUCAAAAAGACUGUACAGGUGGAGCAGUCCAAAGUUUUAAUAAAGGAAGGCGGCGUCCAGCUGCUGCUCACAAUAGUUGACACCCCAGGGUUUGGAGAUGCUGUCGAUAACAGCAACUGCUGGCAGCCAAUCAUCGACCACAUAGACAGCAAGUUUGAAGACUACCUGAACUCAGAAUCCCGAGUGAAUAGACGACAGAUGCCCGAUAGCCGUAUCCACUGCUGCCUGUACUUCAUCGCCCCCUCGGGACAUGGAUUGAAGCCCUUGGACAUUGAGUUCAUGAAACGGUUGCAUGAGAAAGUCAAUGUCAUCCCGCUGAUUGCCAAAGCAGACACCCUCACCCCAGAGGAAUGCCAACAGUUCAAGAAACAGAUCAUGCGGGAAAUCCAAGAGCACAAAAUCAAGAUCUACGAGUUCCCUGAGACAGACGACGAAGAAGAGAACAGGCUGGUCAAAAAAAUAAAGGACAAGUUGCCGCUGGCUGUAGUAGGAAGCAACACCAUCAUCGAGGUGAACAGCAAGAGGGUCAGAGGGAGACAAUACCCAUGGGGGGUUGCAGAAGUUGAAAACAGUGACCACUGCGACUUCACCAUCCUCAGGGAUAUGCUCAUCAGAACUCACAUGCAGGACCUGAAAGACGUGACAAAUAACGUCCACUAUGAAAACUACCGCAGCAGGAAGCUGGCUGCUGUCACCUACAACGGUGUGGACAACAACAGGGUUAAGGGUCAGCUGUCCACCAAACAUGACACAGUUGAAGGAAUGAGUCCCCUGGCCCAGAUGGAGGAAGAGAGGCGAGAGCAUGUGACUAAAAUGAAAAAGAUGGAGAUGGAAAUGGAACAAGUCUUUGAGAUGAAGGUGAAGGAAAAAGUGCAGAAGCUCAAAGACUCUGAAGCAGAGCUUCAGCGGCGUCAUGAGCAGAUGAAGAAGAACCUGGAGGCUCAGCACAAAGAGCUGGAGGAGAAAAGACGCGUGUUUGAGGAUGAGAGAGCAAACUGGGAGGCCCAUCAGCGCCUGGAGCAGCAGAAACUGGAGGCCUCCAGGACUCUGGAGAAAAACAAAAAGAAAGGCAAGAUCUUUUAAAAGACAGUCGGCAGGACCACCCCAACUCGAGUUAUUUUUGUUUGCCAACGUUGCCGGUCAGGACACCAGUGUGUGGCACUGACAUCACCCACCUCCUCCUCCUCUUCUUCUCCCCCUUCCCUUCCCUUCCCCCCCUCUUCUCCACCCCUCCUUGCCUCCCGUCCCUGCCCUCUGUCAGCGCAGCUGUGCUCCUGCUCCCAGCCACUAGAGGGGGUAUGUGAGGAGGUGGAGGGGGCCACCUGCCAACUGCCGCCACAGAGCUGCCUCGGGACUGAAUGUCACAAAAAGAAUAAACCCCUUUUUAGAAAGGCCAAUCCCAUAUUAUUUUAAUUAUUAUUAUUAUUGAUGUUAUUAUUAUUGUUGUUGUUAUAACUGAAUACUGUCCCCGCCCCCACUUGCAGCUCUCUUUUUUUUUUCAUCCCAAGGUUGCUUUUAAAUGACUGAUGCCUACAGUUUUAUGGAGAGCACUGCAGAAAAAAAAAAAAACCUGAGUCAUGUCUGACUGUUGUACAAUCAAGUUCUGGUGAAUUUUAUUUGUUUACAGGAAAAAUGACAGUAACAGUAUAUGAACAUUAACCUGAUCUUCGCUCAUGUAUUAAAGUAAGAAGAUGACAAGGCAUUAACUAAUCCUUUUUGGGGUUUUUUGUUUUUUGGUGUACUAUCCGGUAAACCUUUAACCCUCCUCCUAUCAGUGCGACAGUCAACGGGAAAAACCUGAAAUCAAGAAAAACAAUAAAAUGCACCUUGGGUCUUUUUAUAUAUUAAAAAAAUGGCUGAAGCUUCUUUUUUCUGAAAUGUAACGCUUUCUUUUUCCUCUGCGUUUAGCUAUUGCCAUUAGCCUUGGACCACCAUUUAUAAUGUCAUAAGUGUUAUAUUUCACUUUAGUUUAUUUUUAUAUAUACCGAGCCAGCUGAAGUCAUAACUUCUUUUGUAUGUUUAGAAAAUCCUCAGAGACUUGAGAGCAGCGUCCACUGUCGAAAAGAAACACUUUCACAUAUAACAGUGAUCCUGGACGCUUAAAAAAACAAAACAAAAACAAUAUUUCAAUCACUCUGCGGAAACGAUCAGUGGGAAAUGAAAAGUCAACACCGCAAUUUGCUUUGGCUAUGUACUCCAUCUCUGUAUUUUUAAUUUUAUUUUUCAUUUGUAUUGUACAAAGUCACUUAAUAAACCUGUGAUGAUA